AAUCGCUAUUUCCCCACCUCUAAUAAAAAUAAAAACAAUUAGUAAUAGUUAAAUUCUUUAGCAAAAUUAACAAAAAUGCGUCGUCGCGUGGGCCUGGGCGCCAUUCAGCAACAAAAAUUAGCUGCCGAAAAGUACAAGGACAAGGGCACCGACCUGCAGGAAUCACAACUCGAACAAAUGACCAAACAAAUGGAAGUUUUUCGCGUUAAACUCGAGGAAUUUGCGAUGAAGCACAAGGAGGACAUACGCAAGAACUCACAGUUUCGCCGGCAGUUCCAGGAGAUGUGCGCUGCCAUUGGCGUAGAUCCUCUGGCCACCGGCAAGGGCUUCUGGAGUGUCCUGGGCAUGGGUGACUUUUACUACGAGCUGGGGGUUCAGGUGGUGGAAGUGUGCCUGGCGGCGAAUCACAAGACAGGCGGGCUCAUGGAACUGGAUGAGCUGAGAAGGCGGCUAAUAGCGGCUAGGGGACAAAGCGCAGUGCAUCAGGAGAUUACCAAGGAGGACAUAUUGAUGGCGGCCAAAAAACUAAGCAUCUUUGGGAAUGGAUUUGUGGUCCACAAACUGGGCAAGGGCAAGUACAUGGUCCAGUCCAUACCCGGUGAGCUGAGCAUGGAGGAGACCAACAUACUGAAUGCAGCCUCCAAUACCGAACAGGGUUGUGUCACACAAAGUCAACUUAUAAGGGAUUUGGGCUGGUCUGACUACCGCACGCAGCAAUCCCUGGACAAGGUCCUGGGCGAGGGUCUCUGCUGGAUAGAUAAGCAGGCGGAGAAUGAGCCCGCCUAUUGGUUCCCCAGCUUGUUUCCCGGUCGCAGCACCCAAACUGCAGUCACAGCGUAGUUUUUUACUCUCAAAAAAAAUAUGUAUUUAACACUAAUCAUAAAAUAUAUCUUUGUACAACUGUAAA